GCUUAUCCCACCAAUUAGCACCUAGGUGUGACCCGACCCCUACACAACCCACAACAAUGUCUAAGAUUGAAUUGGACAUUUUGAUCAAAGUCUAUCAUAAUCCAUACAUAAUUUAGUCAUUCUAUAUCCAACUUAAAACCAGACCUUCUGAAAUCAAUGGCGCCAAUUUUACCGCCAAAUAUUCCUGCAAUUCUUUCCUUCUAUAUAAGACCGCCAAACAACCACUCCAGAAUCACCUCCAGUUCUAUUUUCCACAACACUUAUCUCUUUUAUCUGCUUGUUAAAAUUAUUAAUUGAAGCCAAAACAAUUGAAAAUCUAUCCAAAUCAGCUAUGGUAGUACCUUUGGGGCCUGGUAAGUUCUAUGGCAGUAGCCUCCCACGGCCUCGCAUCUACGCCAACACUAAGCUCAAUCCGGAACAGGUAGAUCCACCGGUUCCCGUCAUGGACCCGCUUCUCUCAUGGGCCAACGAUGCCCAUUGGUCCAUGGGUGGUCUCAACUUCAAACGCCUCCGCCUUCAAGGUCGGAUCGAGGGCUCCGUCACUAAACUCGGCAAGGAGCGCGAACAGAUGGCAAAAUCACAAACCAAAUAUAGCUCAAACGACUCAGGUACUAAUAACAAGAAACGGGGCGCCUCAGUUUCACCUCCUCCAGCUCCCGUGGCUGUAAAAAAGAGGAGAUUCUUGGAUUUGAGUGAUAAAGAGGAAGAAGAAGAAGUGCACAAAGUUGUAGAGAAAGAGAAGGGAUGUUACAGGAGGAAGCUGAUAAAAGAUUUUGAUAGAACGGCGGGGAUUACGGAUUCGACCGGAACGAAGACGAGAUGUGAAGUGAAGAGCGAGAUUAGAACUUCCCCAAGAUUGAUUAAGGGUGGAUUGAAAUAGAUAAUGAAUCAGUAGUUUUAAUUUAUUUAUUGUUGUAAAUGCGGUGUUUCAUUUCAGUUUCAAGCUGAGUCUCCUGAAAUCAUUCCAUUGUUUUUCUAUCGAUCUUUAUUUGGGGCUUCAGCCCGUACUUGUAUCUCCUCAGUUCUCACAACCUCAAAAUAAUUUUAUAAUUUAUAUCA